AUGGAGGCUUUGCAUGUUUCCGCAUUGCCACUAUAUGCAUACAUCUGCAAUUUGCCUUCCAGCCAGGCCACAGAAGGCAGCAUUUCAGGGUUCAAUACGCAGAACGAAGCCAGCAAGUUCAUGGACAUGUAUGUGUCCCAGAAAUGCUCCACCAGCACUUGCAUUAUUGGUGCCAAGGACCACACAUCCAUCAAGAUGAACAUGGCUGAGGUUGACAAGGUCACAGGUAAGUUUAUUGGCCAGUUUAAAACCUAUGCUAUCUUCAGGGCCAUUCGCAGGAUGGGUGAAUCAAAUGACUCCAUUCUAAGAUUGGCCAAGGCUGAUGGCAUUGUCUCAAAGAACUUCUGAGUGGAGAAAGUUGUAAAUGUGGAACAUGUAUCACAAAUACAUAGAAAGAAAGAAAGAGAGAGAGAGAGAAAGAAAGAAAGAAAGAAAAGAAAAAGGAAAGAAAUAAAACAGUAGGGUUCAUAACAAACUGUCGAUGAUAUCUAGUUCAUCUAUUUUUGUCGACUAAGAACACAGGAAAAUAUGCCAUGACCAGCAUUUCACUGGCUUUAAGAACCUAUGCCAACAAGCUCCUCCUCACACAUUGCUCAGAAAGCAUUUCUUCCCAAUGAUUUGUGAAGGAGAACAAAAUCAGAAAGUUUGUGAGUUUGGACAGCAGGACCUCUCUAAGUCUGACUGGUAAGUAAAGAUAACUUCCUCUUUCCAGGAUGGUUUUACUUGUGCAAUAGGAUGAUGUAGUUAGAUGAAAAGCUUGUAAUAGCCACAUAGGUGUUAGCAUUAUGGCAUAAAUAUGAAUAUGGAGCACACUAGCUAGACCUCAUUAAAGCCAAUGUUUCAGAGACAGCUUUAACACUGGAGUAGCCAUCACUUGGAGAGGGGCACUGAGGGAACAGGUUGAACUGUUCAUCCUGGCAUUAGAAAACCACUCUCUGAGUUUUCUGGUUUUCAGUGCCCUUCUCAUUCAUUCAAGGUAAAAGGAAUGUUCUGUCUCAUGGCAAAGGACUCCCCUUAGAACAAAGGUGUCUAGCGUUGCUGAUGUCAUCCAUUCUGGUGUUGGCAAAUGUGGCGGUUUUCACAGAAAGCAAGAGGUUAGCACUCUGUUAAGGAAGUUCAGGGACGCUUUUUCAACUGGGACUUGAGAUGAGUAGUGAAAUAUGAUGUAAAUACCUAACAGGAGUUAACAAAGUAAUACCACACCAAAGCUGGCUGGCUGAAACCCAGAUAGACUUUCUGUCUCCAUACACACCUGACUCCUGCAAUCACAGCAGUGCACACACAAGUAAGAGAGUUCAUGUGUACAAUGGGAUGGAUACCUCCUUGGUCCCCGAGUAGGAAAACGCCUGGUGUCUGAAGAUCUCUGCUCUAGUUUCUGUAAGCAGAAACUCUGUUGGCAUCAGCUUAUUUUAUGGCAACAGAGACAAACAGAGGAAAUUUUCCUGAGCAGUGUGAAUGACAAAGAAAUGAGGCAAAUUAUUGAGAAACUUAUGGGUAUUCACUGAAGAGCAAAAAAUAUGAGUUGUAAGUCUGAAGGGACUGCCUUCAGGGAGAAGAUAAAAGAGACAAUUCUACCAGGACCACCCGGCUGUAACUAAGAGACUGGCUCAUUGGCUGCAAUUGCUUGAAAGGUGUAAAUAGCAGGAGUGGAGAGGUAUUAUUUUGUGUGAUCCAAGGGGAUAGCAGAAGAGUGAUGGGAAUGAAAGUCAAAACAAAAAUGAUUUAGGCAGCUGAGCAGGUCACAUGCCCUAAUGGAGAGAUCUAUUACAGACUGUGUGGCACCAUCCCCUGGGAAGGUUGGAAGCCCAUUUAUUUGUGCCAUUUACAAUUGGAAAAAGCACUGAAAAGGAGAUGGACACAUCAGAAAGAGAAAAACCACUACAUGCCCUCUGAGAGUCAGUGGAAUGACUUAAUAGGUCUUUUUCAUCUCAAAUUACCGCAACAAGACUUGUGUGCAUGGGGAUCUGAUUUGCUAGAAUAAUUUUUCCAUCAUUCAGUCUUUUUUACUGUUACUAUAAGGACAGUGAAGAAAUGAUAAUAGGUAAUGGAAAGCAGUGUCUACAAUGUAAAUAGAAGCAAGCCUACAGUGUGCUUUAGAGUGAAGGCAGAAGUGACCAGGAUAAGUUUCCCGUUGUGAUGUCAGUGUAAAUAAGCAUGCAUACUGACAGAAACUCCCAACAACAUACACAUAUUCAUGGAGACUCAAGACAAAGGGAAGGAACUUGGUAGCAUUCCAAUGAUGGCUGUAUAAGCAAAAAUUCAAGUAAUUCUCUAAUACAGAAAAACAGACAUCCAAAUACUUAAAUUCUAUCUUUUAAAAAAUAAAAAAAAUUUGGCCUUUAAAAACUACCAAGAAACAACUGCUGCAUAGAAACUUUAAGACCUGCAUACUGAAUGCAGUUCUACUGUAAUUCUAUCCACAGCUUCAGUGGUAAUUCACAAAUGACACAUUCUGAAACCCAAGGUGGCCCAGAAGGACACAUGCAGGCAUGAGGUUGUGCCAACCUGGGGUCAAAACUGUAACUAAAAGGAAAGGGCACAGAUUGGUCAGAUGGAAACUGGGGCAGGCAAAGAAGGGUUAGUGUUACUGUGAUUGCUAGAAGUACAGCUGCAACCAUCAUGCCCUCUCCCAGCCAGAGGAUGACACAAGCGCGGAACAAAAAUGUUAAGAGGGUGCUGGGGGAGGGAGUGGGCGGGGAGAGGCAGUCAGAAGGAAAGCAAAGGCAUCUAGAGUGGGGAAACCCACAGAUGUAAGCUUGCAGGUGGAGGAUAUCUCGGUUCCUAAUAUAAAUAUUGUAUGUGGUGUGCAGUAAGUUAAACUUGGUUUUCUGGAAGACUGACGCUUGCUACAAACACACUCAGGGGUUGACCUAUGCCAGACAGAUAUAGGUCAACCCUCAUCCUGCUGCUCUCAGCAGCUGUGGCCAAUGGGAAACAGAGCUGCCUAGCAUGCUGGUUUAAGCUGCUGCUAAUGGAAAUCAACCUAACCCCAUUUCCUGCCCCUCUCCUGUCCUUGCUUGUCUACACAAGACCAUUUAGACACAGGCUAAGCUUCUGGCUUGCUCUAAAUGCUGGAAGACUGAUGAAUACACUCUGUUGCUGGCACACGUAUGCCCAUCUCUUUUAGGUAAAAGAUGUGCUUGUAAGCCUUUAAACAGAGGCUUAAAAUAAAAUCCUCCUUCACUAAUUUAAGUGUCAGCCUAAAUUUGUAGAACCAGAGAGACUUUAUUUGUCCUUUCCACCUCACCAAAGUGGUACCAUGCUUAGAAAGAGGAAAAUCCAUGUAGAGGCCUGUUUUCAGAAAGUGUUUGUUAACACUUAACAAAGGUUAAGUGACUGAAUCUAAAGUUACUCAGAGAAAACAUAUUAAGGCAGAGAAUUAAGGGAGUGCUCUGAGAAUCAAUGGGAAAAUCAUGAAAUUAAAUCUGAAGAAAGAACAUCACCACUGAAUCAUACCGAUUUAAUUCUCUGCUGGAAACCCUGGUCAACAAUACAUGUAUCUUUAUUCCAGGUAUCAGACUAGUCUUAAGAGUUCAGAUAUUUUUCUGUGUUCAUGUUUUAAAAUGCCCAACCCCUUCUCACUAAUAAGUAAAACAUUAAACCCAGUUAAGUGUGGUCAUGCAACCUUGGUUCCUUACUCCGCAGAACCAAUAGGCCAGGGUCUAUUGAGUUGACUUAAAUAUACAAGCAAUAAAAUGCUAACUGUUCUAUUAUACCUACAUACCUUCUGUGGGAUUUCAUGCUGUCUUUUCCCUGGAAUUCUAGACCAGUCAAACUAACUUUGAACCCCUGAAGCAUAGAAUAUUUGAUUCAUAUAUUUUAUUUUCAUUAACUUGAGGGCAAAGGAAUCCUAAAUCUACUUUUAUACUGCUAAAGCUUCAAAAGGAAAUUCUUGACUGGAAGUUAUCCAUGUUUUGAAAUAAAAGAAGUUACUUCAUGUUCUUUUGUGUUUAAAUAAAUGUAAUUAGACUUGCUACAGAGAAUUUGGAAAACACUGAAAGCAAUCACUUAAAACUUAACUCCGGGUGAUAACUACAUGAACAUUUUUGUGCCUACUUCAGAUUUUUAUACACACACAAACACACACACACUCACACAAACUUUCUAAGAUUUGCUACAAAAGUUUUAAAGAUUUUUCAUGUAUUGCCAAAUUGUCCUUCAGGAAGGCUAUACCAAUUUCAAUCCAUUUUCAGUGAAUAGUAUAAUUUUUGGGAAGCAAACUUUAAAUUCAAGUAUUGAAAAAUGCCUCAUCACUAAAUUUAACUCCUCACUGACAAUGUGGUUUCUAGAAUUGACCCCAACUCUCAGAAUGGGCCCUGAUUAAUAUAAAACAGGAAUGGUAAUCCAGUCUCUCUGGCUAAUGAAGGGUUCAAAACUAGAACAUGGCUUUCCUCAAUAGGAGAUUUCAUCCAGAUUUGUCCUAAAUUGAGGCUGAGAAUUACUUGCAUUCAUUGCUAGGAAAAAGACUCUGCUUCUUUGAUGGAUACAAACACAGUUUCUAUUUGACUAUAUCACAGUGGUCAAUGAUUUUUGCUUUAUUCGAAUAUAUAGUAGAGUAAAUCUGGUCUCUGUUAAUAUUCAGAAUUCUAUUAUCAAUUGCUUUGGGU